CUCUGUUUAAUAGUUUUAUUAAAUUUUAGUUGCAAAAUUGGCACGCUAUGGUGAAGAUAUUCCUCGGCUAUAUCAAAUGUUUUUUCUUUUCUCUUCCUCCCCGUUGAUGGGGAUCUUUAUAUUGACAAUGAAGGUUGCGAAGGUAAAAGCGUCAACAAGGAAGGACAAAUUGGAAGUAUCAAAGCCAGUUGAGGAGAGAAAGGUUGGAAAGCGAAAGGCAGCAGUUAAGGCUGAUAAUAGUCGCUUGAAAUGGGCCAAGAAAACAAAAUUGGACAAGAAAGAUCCUAACAAACCGAAGAGGCCUGCUACUGCCUUUUUUGUUUUUCUUGAAGAGUUCAGAAAGACUUACAAGGAAGAGCAUCCCAACGAGAAGGCUGUUUCAGUUGUAAGCAGCUACCUAAUAUUAUGUGUCCAUGUUGGGAAAGCAGGGGGUGGGAAGUGGAAAUCCAUGUCUGCUGCGGAGAAAUCUCCGUAUGAAGUGAAAGCAGCGCAAAAGAAGUCAGAUUAUGAGAAGCUUAUGAUAGCAUACAACAAAAAACAGGAAAGUGUCGAUGAUGAUGAAGAUGAACAGUCAAAAUCUGCACCAAAUGAUGAAGAUGAUGGGGAAAGUGGGGAGGAAGAAGAUGAUGAGGACGACGAGGACGAUGACGAUGACUGAAUCGGGCAUGCCGUGUAAUUUGAUUAUGUGAAGUGUCCAGUGCACGAGCUAUAGACCUUGUACUGUUGUACAUUUGGGCAUGUUUUUAUAAGGUUGAUUCCCUGAGAUGGAGAAUGCAACCCUUAUAGACUGCUUAAGUAAUCACCCUCGUCAAUUGAAAGCUGACUUGUAUCUAUACUAAUUCCUCAUCUGUUUCUUCUA